CAGCGUUAAUGGCUUAAUGUCAGAAACGCUCGCGAUCAGACCUAAAAAAUUCCAUUAAUUUUAAUUAGUCUCUUAAAUCUCCCCUGAAUCUCUCUCUUUCCCCUCUCUAGUGCCACGCACUGUGUUCCAUUCCAUCGGAUCAUAGUGUCCUGCGAUUUCUAGAGCAUUAUUCCAUUUCAUACAACUGAAUCAGCUGAUCCGAUACAUACUCUUGAUUUGACACUCUCACCUUGCUGAAAUUAUCAUCAUUUUUCUGCACUGUGGUGUUUUUGUUGUUUUGCUUGGCGAGUUUGAAGAUUUCAGGUGGAUUUGCUAUCUCGGCAUUUACGCUAGUUCGCUGGACUUGUUGAAUUUCCUGAGGAAAUGGGUUGAAGUUGUGUAUGAACAUUAGAAAACACCAUAUCACUAGAUUAUUGCUUUUGAUGAGUUUGUAGCUUAAAUCGGAUAGAUGAUUCGUUUUCAUGAUGUGACUUAUUGCGUGGAUAUUUCUGCAUUGUUGACAACCUGUUGAAGGGCAAGAGUUUGAUGUUGGAUCAUGAAGUCGAAUUUGAAUAGGAUGCCUUUAGCUUCAGCUCAAGGAACUCCUCCCACAAACUAUCCAAAGACACUGUUGUCUAUUCUGGCUUCAGUUGGAGGCCUUGCCUUGUUUUUACUGCUUGGUUCAUCACUCCUUGCCUUGCAACCUAACGAGUCUUCUGUUCGUAGGAAUUUCUAUGGAGUUGAUAGUUCAAGGAAGGUUAUUGAUGGUGGAAUAGUUGCAGACAUCGCCAACCGAGAUGGUUCUGACGUUGGGACCUCUAGAAAUUUUAACAAAGACAGUAGAGGUGUUGAUCAUAGAAACAAAGAUGGGGAAGUUGGAGUGUUCAGAAACUCAGAUUCAUCAGCAUCACAAGAGAAAGAAUCUGAUGGUGAUGAUCAGCGGAAUAACAUUGGAGGUAAUGGUGAUAAUAAGCAACCCUCCGAGCCCCAAUAUACGGUGGUGCCUGAUUCAGAGCAAGGAGAAACUGCUAAAAGUUCGCUUAGUACUCAGGGUCUCUCUGAAGGAAAUGUAGUUCAACCUCAACAUAGUGGUGUAAAACAAGGAAACAGAUACGGAAAUGAUUCUACACUCCACAAAGGAAAGAAGGAUGGUGUGACAUCUUCAUCUCCCACAACCAUGGUCGAUCCACAGGCUAAUUCAGAAUGUAAUCUAUACCAUGGGAAAUGGAUUUUUGAUUCAACUGGACCAUUGUACACAAACAACUCGUGUCCUGUUAUAACACCGAUGCAGAAUUGCCAGGGAAAUGGAAGGCCAGAUAAAGAUUAUGAAAACUGGCGUUGGAAACCUGAUCAGUGCGACCUUCCUCGGUUCAAUCCCAAAAAAUUCUUGGAAUUAAUGAGAGGGAAGACGUUAGCAUUCAUUGGCGAUUCAGUUGCUCGCAACCAGAUGGAAUCAUUACUGUGUAUACUUUGGCAGUUUGAAGUUCCAAAGAACCGUGGGAACAGAAGAAUGCAACGCUAUUAUUUUAGAUCAACAUCUACCAUGAUUGUUCGGAUCUGGUCCUCGUGGCUAGUCAACCAGACAUCUGAGCCAUUUGGUUUUGCUCCGGCAGGUGUGGCCAAGGUCCACCUUGAUGUUCCAGAUGAUGUCUUCAUGGGAUUUAUUCCCCAAUUUGAUGUUGUCGUCCUCUCCUCUGGGCACUGGUUUGCAAAGCAAUCUGUUUAUAUCUUGAACAACGAGAUUGUGGGGGGACAGCUUUGGUGGCCCAAGAAAUCAAGACCAAAGAAAGUCAAUAACAUUGAAGCUUUUGGAAUAUCUGUUGAAACAAUUCUCACUGCCCUGGUUAGACAUCCAACAUACCAUGGUCUCACCAUUGUGCGCACCUUUUCACCUGAUCAUUAUGAGGGUGGAGCCUGGAAUACUGGAGGAUCAUGCACUGGAAAGGUCAAGCCUGUAGUUGCAAGUGAUUUGGCUGAAAAUCCCUUUACUAACAUAAUGCAUGAGAAACAGUUCACCGGUUAUGCACGCUCCAUCAACAAGAAAAAUAACAAGUCUGCGUUGAAAUUUAUGGAUAUUACAAGAAUGUUCGAGUAUCGCCAUGAUGGACAUCCUGGCCCCUACCGAAGCCCUGAUCCUAACAAAAAAACGAAAAGAGGGCCCGAUGGUCGGCCUCCACCACAGGACUGUUUGCACUGGUGCAUGCCAGGUCCUGUUGAUACAUGGAAUGAAAUGGUAUUUGAACUAAUAAGGAGAGAAUUUGAAGAGAAGCAGAGCACUUCCUCAUGAAUAUCACUGGCUUUUUUUUUUUUUUUUGGGUGCUUCCACAUUCUAUAACAUAUUACAUUAGAAAGAUUUUGUAGGCUAUGCCCAGAGUGAGGCUUAGUUUGUCAUAUUGGUACCCUCAGAUAUCCAACUCCAGAGAUGUUUCCACACUAAGUAGCCAUGAAAUAAGUUAAUUAUUCAGUUGUAAAUUUGAGUAUAGCCAAUAUAAUGAUUGAAAAGACACCAAUGGAAUCUAUUAGCAAUUCUUUUGUGUUCA